AACGCAUUCUCUCAAAGUGGUGGGGCCUUUUCGGGGGAUAAUCUUGCUCCCAACUCAAUUUGAAUUAUAAAUAUUAGGUAAUCUAUAUACUUGUAUCAAAAUCACUCAAACAAAUAUGUCAUUAUCAAGAAUUACACAAAUGAAACGGGUAUCAAAAAACAAAACAAAAAUAUUUCGCAUCAAGACGUUUGAGAAUAUUUACCAAAAUAGAUUAAAUUUUAUUGAAAUUCAGACAAACAUGCAAUUUGCAUAAUCGAUUUACCACCUACUACACAGAGUGGCGUUUUACGCUUGGUGUGACGCGCCAAUUUAAGUUUAUGCCUUCACCCCCGACACCUUGUUGAACGGCGGACGAUUCCAUACAGCCUUUGGGGACCUCGUCUGUGCAUUCCCAGGGGACAGACGAACGCGUGACGCACCUGAUCCGCAACACUUUAACGUUGUGUCAUCUCGGCUAGCUUAUUUAAAGUUUUAACACCCGUUCUCAAAUUCAAAUCAGUUUUAGCCUAAACAAAGUGAUUUCCUUCUUUUUGAAUUUUGGGAAUUAAGUUUUCUGAACAUGACGAUAGGUACCUAUGAUUUAUGGGAAAAGAAGAACCCCCCGAACGACCAGGGUGCCUAUGCGGACGGAAGCAACACGGCGGUAAGCACGAAUGGCAGUGCGAACACGUUCGAUGUGGCUGAGGAGGAAGAUCGAGGCCAGUGGGGUUCCAAGUGGGAGUUUAUCCUGUCGUGCAUUGGUCUGUCUGUAGGCCUGGGUAACGUCUGGAGGUUCCCUUAUCUCGCUUACGAAAAUGGGGGAGCUGCCUUUGUGAUCGCCUACCUGAUCCUGCAGUUCUUGAUCGGUAAACCAAUGUACUUUAUGGAACUGGUCAUGGGACAAUUCUCAGGACGAGGACCCACGGCAGUCUGGAAUAUGAACCCUAGCGCCAAAGGGAUUGGUAUAUCCAUGAUGCUGAUUUCUCUGGUGGUCGCUAUCUAUUACAACGUAAUCAUGGCCUACACCUUGUUCUAUUUCUUCUCCUCCAUGCAGGGCACACUUCCCUGGACCCAAUGUAAAGCGGAGUGGUACGCUUUGGGCUGUGUGGAGCAGACAACGAAGAACAUCCCCUAUUGUUCAUUCAACAUGACUGAGAACCAUCUGUUGUAUACCAACCAGAGUCAGUCAUGUCGCUGCUACGAAAACGCCACCUUCCAUCAGUCCAGCUAUUUCGCUCAGUAUGACUUUAACUGCACCAACACCACGUGGAAAGGUGACAAACCCGUUGCUGUAGCGCAACUCUUCUUCGAUAAGGACGUGAUUGAGAAGGCGGAGACCCUUGCUCCAGAUCAGAUGGGCUCACCUCUGUGGCGGCUGGCUCUCUGUCUUCUGCUCUCCUGGAUUAUUGUCGUCUGCUGUCUCAUCAAGGGCGUAAAAUCAUCUGGAAAGGUGGUCUACUUCACAGCAACAUUUCCAUACGUGAUAUUACUCAUUCUUUUGGUUCGUGGGGCCACGCUAGACGGUGCCAUCGACGGAGUCAUCUACUUCAUUGUUCCCAAGUGGGAAAAACUUGCAGACUUAAAGGUGUGGGUGGCGGCAGCAGGUCAGAUGUUCUUCUCUCUCAGUGUGUCCUUUGGGGGCAUCAUCAUGUUCGGCAGCUAUAACAAGUUCAAGAACAAUGUCUACGGGGAUGCUAUGUUGAUUGCUGUAAUGGACGUGGUGACGAGUCUUAUCGCUGGAUUUGUCAUUUUUACCACAUUUGGUGGAAUGGCCAAAAAGAUUGGCGUGAAGGUUGAAGAUGUAGCAAAGUCAGGUUACGGACUUGCCUUUGUGGCGUAUCCAGAGGCCUUAUCACAACUUCCUAUUCCACAGCUGUGGUCUGUUCUGUUUUUCUUCAUGUUGUUCACUCUAGGACUCGACAGCGAGUUCGCUUUGUUGGAGACGUUCUUAACCUGUAUCCAGGAUGAGUUCCCAAACACACGUAAAUACAAAAGCUACAUGUGCGUUGGAAUGGGUGUCAUCUGUUUUUUCCUGGCACUGCCAUGUGUCACGCCGGCCGGAGAUUACGUAGUCACGAUCAUGGACCACUUUGGUGCCGAUUUUUCCGUCUUGUUCGUAGCUGCCUGUGAAUGCGUUGCUGUCAUGUGGGUCUAUGGUGCCACUCGCUUCAUGCGUGAUGUCGAGUACAUGCUGGGCUUUCCCCCUCGUCCCAAAUAUUACUGGCUCUUCUGCUGGAUCAUCUGUGCGCCUAUCAUCAUUAGUCUGUUGUUUAUCUACCGAAUGGUUCAAUAUAAGCCCCUGGAAAUCAGUGACGGCGUCCCGUACCCUGGGUAUGGACAGACGAUUGGCUGGAUCCUGACGUGCUGUGUCAUGUGUCCUGUGCCAAUUUUCUUCAUCUACAAACUCAUCUCAGCUAGUGGAUCUCUGAUGGAGCGGUUGCGUUCCAUUACACAACCAAACGACAGCUGGGGACCAAAUGACGGCAGUGACAAAUACGCCCUUGCCUCCCCACAGAAGGAGGGAAAAUUCGGAUUAGAUAACCCGGGUCACAUCUAGUGUGAAUAGCAGAGUGUAAAGGAUAGAAUGAAAUCCCUGCAACCGGUAAAGUGUGGUUGUAUGUUUGUGCUAGCAUAAUGUGAACAAUGAAUCCCAUUUAAAUGUGGAUCUAACAACUCAUAUGAAGAAGAGUACAACAGCAAAAACAGCCUUAUUAUAUAGGAUAGGUGGGUUAUACCGAAUAACGAUAUCUCUAGGCCUACUAUUAAUUGUAUGGUGUAUGUGAACUCUGUUUUCUCUAAAUGUAAUAACUACUAACAGUUCACACCAAGGAAAUCUCUAUGGUUUAGUAAAAGGUAAACCUAUUAUCUGUUUGUGACAUGAGACUAUGAUUAUAUAAAUGUAAAUUACAGUCAAACUUUGUUACCUCGAACAUGACGGUGCUGAGAAAAAAAAUUACUUCGAGAUAUCUGAGGGUUCGAGAUAUAGAUGUUAAAAUGCAUAAGAAUAUGUAGUGGGGACUUCAACACAUCCAUGGUAUUAGAGAUAUAGAUGUUAAAAUGCAUAAGAAUAUGUAGUUGGGACUUCAACACAUCCAUGGUAUUAGAGAUAUAGAUGUUAAAAUGCAUAAGAAUAUGUAGUUGGGACUUCAACACAUCCAUGGUAUUAGAGAUAUAGAUGUUAAAAUGCAUAAGAAUAUGUAGUGGGGACUUCAACACAUCCAUGGUAUUAGAGAUAUAGAUGUUAAAAUGCAUAAGAAUAUGUAGUGGGGACUUCAACACAUCCAUGGUAUUAGAGAUAUAGAUGUUAAAAUGCAUAAGAAUAUGUAGUUGGGACUUCAACACAUCCAUGGUAUUAGAGAUAUAGAUGUUAAAAUGCAUAAGAAUAUGUAGUUGGGACUUCAACACAUCCAUGGUAUUAGAGAUAUUGAAGUUCCAGAUACCAAACUUCAACUGUAUUAGAAGUUUACAUCUGAGGGACUGUAUGGUUUAUGUGAAUGUAAACUAUUAACAGUUUACAUAUGUAUGAGAAAACUUCAAAUGUUAUUUUGAAAUAUUUAGUGAUAAUAUUCAUAUUACUGUUGUACAGUGAACAUAUCAAUCACUUUUUUAAAAUUCUGAUUUUAGAUAAUUUGUUAUGUCCAUGUGGUAUAAAAUUUUACGUUUUCUAUUUUUGAACAUUCUUUAGUCAGAUUUUUAGAGUACUUGUAUUAUUUUAUAAAUAAAAAUGAAACAUAAACA